AAGAACCACCCCCCCCCCUCCUAGCACCAACUGUCAACGGGUGGGGGGCAUUAAGUCAUUUUGUCCCUAGACUUAAUAGUUGAAACAGUUCAUUAUUAUUUUAUUUAUACUUAUUUGUGGGUGGGUGGAUGGACGUCCCAGUGCCGGUGCUCGGUGCUCGGAGCUCAGUACUCGGUGCUCGGUGCUCGGUGCUCGGUGCUCGGUGUGGAGGUCAGAGGACCACUUGAUGAUUGUCCACGUGGGUCCCAAAGAUGAAGAAAAAUAUUGAAUUCCAGGAGAAUGAAAGGAUUCUGUCUCCAGAUAUACUCACCACUAACCAGAUCAUUGACCUGCUGGGAGAAGAGGACGUGGAAAAAAUUCAAGAAAAAAUGGGAACGUUUCUGAAUUUUAAAAAUCUUCAGACUAGUCUACGAGACGCCAUUCUAUUAGACUACUAUGUGGCUGGGUUCUGCUGGGCCAAGGGAAUGAACUUUUCUAUUGACCAGUAUUCAAAAUUUAUGACUUUGCUGGACAUGUUACUUCAAAAUCUUCAAACGCUGCAUAUGUCCUUAGAGGACAGCAUCAAGUGGCUCGGGGAAGUGAUGGCAGAAAUUGGACCAAACCAUUCGCAGAAGAAUAAGAAUUUUCAUAUCUUCAAUGUCAAGGAAGCCAAUGCCAUCAUCGAUUAUUUAAAAAUCAGCUUAUUCCAGCACUACAGGCUCUACGAGUUUCUGUUCUACUCGGCCAGGGAAGAAAUUGUCAUCGGGACGGAGCAAACCAUAGAGGCCGUCAAGCCUGCAGACCACCCUUUCCCAGCCCCUCUGGAAGAAGGUAUCUCACUGAGCAUGUAUUCAGCCUUCAUAGAGCCGUUGCCAACGCUGGACACUGAACAGAAGGGGCUGGAUCAAGAGCAAGGGCCUCAGGAAUCGCUGCUGGAGAGUGAAAUGGGAGAAGAGGAUCCCUUAGGUGGCUUCACCAUUGAUGACGUAAAAUUAGCCCUGGCACGAGUGACGGAUGAGGUCUUGAUAAGCAUUCAGAACGAGAUAAACGAAAAACUGCAAGUACAGGAAGAGUCCUUUAACGCGCGAAUAGAGAAACUGAAGAAAGCCUGAGAAUGCAGUACAAGUUAAUCUUCCGAGAAACCAACAAAACCGGCCAGAAUAAUAAUGUCUCUAUAGCACUAUGUCACCUCCAUGAAGCCCUGGAAGGAAAACCCACUUCCCGUUAUCCUGAGUGAUUGACAAGGCGUCGUCCCGCCCCUCCCAUUCCACACCCACCUCUGAGUUUACAGGGCCAAAAGCAAGAAGAGCAUUGCUUUGUAUGAUUUUGGAAGUUCUAUACGAAAGUACUAUUGUUUUGACUAAUGAAUACUAUUCCUCUUUCUCGGAAAUGAAACUAACCUUUUGAAAUAACAAUAAAAAAACGUAGUAAAGUAA